AUGAAGGCUGGUGUUUUUGCUGUCGCUGCCGCGCUGGCUGGAGGCGCCUCUGCUCAACCUGGAAAGCAUGCCCGUCGCCAUGCUCACGAGGCUUUCCAUGAGAGAGGAUUGUACUUGACUGCCGUCACUGGUACUGGUUCUGCUCCUGAGCCAACCUGUGGUUGCACAACCAUCUACACCACCGUUACUGGAGAAGGCACUAUCAUCUUCCCUUCCCCCACGUACGCUGCCAACACCACCUCCGUUGCUGCUCCUCCAACUUCGACCUACGUCCCAGUUCCUACUACCUACCCUUCCCCAGUUGUCCCAACUCCUCUCGCGACAACCUGCCCUACUCCAGGUGUUUACACCAUCCCAGCCACAACCGUCACUCUGACUGAGUCGACCACCGUCUGCGGCGCUACUUCAACUGAGGUCCCAGUCGGUACUCACACUGCUGGAGGUGUCACAACUGUUGUUGAGAAGGAGACAACUGUUGUCUGCCCAUACGCUGCCAUUGAGACCAACUCAAAUGUUACUACUAGCGUUAUCAAGACUACCACCUACGUCUGCCCAUCCGCUGGAACCUACACGAUUGCCCCAUUGACCACCACCGUCACUGAGUCCACCGUCUGGGUCUACCCAACUCCAGCUUCGUAUGCCCCAGGAACAUACACCCAGCCAGAGGUCGUUACCACCGUCACCGAGACCAACUACGUUGUGGUCUGCCCAUUCACCUCCCCAGCCCCUGUUAAGCCAACUUCAACUCCAGUUGCUGCCCCUACCUACGAGGCCCCAGCUCCAGUUGUUACCUACGAGGCCAAGCCAACUAUCGCUGCUGCUCCCCCCAAGAACACUCCAACCAAGCCCAACGGACAACUUGGAUCCUCAGGACCACAAUGGGCCAUCACCUACUCCCCAUACCAGAACAACGGACAGUGCAAGGAUGCCUCAUCUGUCGCCAGUGACAUUGCUAAGAUCGCCAAGGCUGGAUUCUCCACCGUCCGCAUCUACAGCUCUGACUGCUCUGGUCUCGAGAACAUCGGAGCUGCUUGCGAGGCUCACGGACUCAAGAUUAUCCUCGGUAUCUUCAUCAGCGGCACCGGAAUCUCUGGAGCUGCCGAGCAAGUGACCGAUAUCAUCUCCUGGAACAAGUGGAGCAUGGUCGACCUCGUUGUCAUUGGUAACGAGGCCGUCUUCUCCGGAUCCUGCUCCGGCGUUGAGCUCGCUGCUUUCAUCGUCUCCUGCAAGACCGCCUUCAAGGCUGCUGGUUACUCUGGACCCGUCACCACCACCGAGACCCUUGAUGUCUGGGAAAAGAACGCCGCCGUCCUCUGCCCUGUCGUCGAUGUCGUUGGCUGCAACAUCCACCCCUUCUUCAACGCCGAUGUUGACGCUGAGCACGCCGGUGAGUUCGUCGCCUCCCAACUCAAGCUCGUCGAUGGUCUUUGCCCAGGCAAGUACGGACUCAACCUCGAGACCGGAUGGCCAUCCGCCGGAACCUGCAACGGAAAGGCUUGCCCCGGUAAGGCCGAGCAAGUCACCGCCAUCAAGGGCAUCGAGGCUGCCGUCGGAGGCAAGUCCGUCAUGUUCUCCAUGUACAAUGACCUCUGGAAGGAGCCAGGUGCGUUCGGUUGCGAGCAGAGCUGGGGUGCCAUCCAGAUCUUCGGCCAGUAA